AGCAAGCAAACAAAAACGUGUCCGGCCCUCCCCUGCGCCCGCGAGAUGAAUUCGGCCCGCCGUGCGCAUGCGCGCGGGACGCGAAAGCAGACUUAAAAAGCAUCAAUAUGGCGGCCUGUUCAACGGCAGGUGUGAGAAGUGUCGGCCUGAACUCUGGAAUAGCCAUGAAGGACUGCUACUCGCAAAUUAAAGGAGGCGAGAAAAUAUGCAGCGGAGAUGCCAACUGCCCGUUCAUCAACGGUAACGAUUCGGGCCAGGGCGAGGAGCGAUGGCUACAGUCGCUUCGCCAGUUCCACAGCGGGCGGAAUCUCCAAAUGGUUCAUCUUUCGCCGUCAGUCACCGAAAAGGAUAUCAUUGAUUUCUUCCAACAAACCGGGACCCUGGUGAAGAAGGUAGAAAUAAACAGGAGGACGCACAUAGCGCGCAUGAAAGUGGACAGCUCGUACGAGUUCGACCCGCUGAUCCGGCCUUGGAACUUCCCGCGCACCCUUCUGGGCACGGACGCCAAGCUGAAGAUGGGCAGCAGCGACAGCUUCCUGUGCGUGACCAACCUGCCCACCAACUGGACGGUGAAGCAGUUCCAGGAGCUGUGCGAGAAGUUUGGGCCUGUGGUGCGCUGCUUCCUCAUCUACCAUCACGCCACGGACGAGAGCCUGGGCUUCGGCCUGGUCGAGUACUGCAGCCGCGCCGUCGCCUGCCAGGCCAAGAACCUGCUGCACAAGAAGCAGGUGGCCCAGGGGGAGAUCCACUGCGACUGGCUCGAGCACAACCUGGUCAACUAUGCGGACCUGUAUCCGCGCUGCCUGUACGUGGGCAACCUGCCCACCACUUUCUGCGACAUCUACGCCUUCAGGCAGCUCUUCACGACCGUGGCCAGCCCCACCUACUGCCAGCUGUCCAUCGUAAACGGCGUACCACAAGGCUUCGGCGUAGUGGAAUUCCGUCUGCACGAGGACGCUCGCAAGACCAAGGAGCUGCUCCACGGCCACUGCCUCAACGGCAACCGCCUCAACAUUCUCUUCACCUCCCCUGGCGUCAGCGCCUACAAGCUCUACAAUCGCAUUAUCGAAGAACAGGCUAAGAAGCUGGAAAAGAACAAUGGUAUCAUUCAGACGCCUCAACUCUCGCCCGCUCUGCUUGCCCAAUUCUCGGUCGUGCAGAACUCAAAGGUGGCAAAGACGUUCCAGAAAGCCAUCAACCUCAAGGGCAAAGGGAAGAACGCGUCUCAAGUUUCGACGACUGCGGCGAGUAACCACGCACUCAUUGCACUUCAGAACUUCUUCAACCAGCAGAUUUGCACCCAACAGGCCCUGCCCCAUGCUGUGUUGAUGCAGGGCCAGAUGGCGCUUGGCCUGCCGGCGCCCCCGUCCGAGGCCGGUCAGUACGAGGGCCAGCAGCCCGGCUCGGCCGCCUCGAGCAGCAGCAGUGGCAGCGGGGAGGAGAAGGCCAAGCAGGCGGCGGAAGACGGCGGCUCGCCCGAGGAGCGCCACAAGCGCAAGGGCGAGCCCGUCUACCAGCCCCAGUGUCCACUUAAUUAUUCCACCAUGGAUAAUUCUAGUAAGCACCCCAGCUGGGCCUUCGAGGCGGGCGCCUGCCAGCAGCAGCAGCGCCAGGGAACAUACCCGCCCCAGCCGCAGCAGCAGCAGCAGCAACAGCAGCAGCAGGUCGAGGCAAACAACGAAGCCAUCAACAUGUCAAGCGAGAGCCGCGACCAGCAGAGCCCUCCGGGGGCAUCUUGCAGCUGGCAGUCGGCGUGGGCGGCGGGAGGACAGCAGUCUCAGGAGCAGUCGGGGCAACCCAUCAUGCAGCAAGGGUCCUCCUAUGACAAGCAGGAAUCUGACAUGUCCCCAUCAGACCGUAAGCGCAAGGUCCACCAGCUGAUGCCAUCGCCCGAGCCGUCGCCUGAGCACGGCUACAUCGGCCAGCAUUCGCAGGCACUCGGCGGACACUAUGCCGACUCAUACUUCCGCUACAAGAAGAUGAAGGUGGGCACUUAAGGCCCGCCCACCUCCCCCCCUCAAGCCCCGCACCUCCUUUCUCUCGCCCCCUCCAACAACAACAACGCCACCGGCAUUGGCGCACCCGAUUGCGCUCCAUGGCAGCUCAGCUGAGGAAUUCCACAUCGACCAGGAGAAGACGAGCAAAAUCUGAGCAACACUGCAAGUUUGUUUCGGAUCGGCGUCCUCUCGGUUCUUUUCUUCUUCGCUUCUACCGAACAUCGGUACAAUCUGCCUCGCGGUAGUAGUGAAAAAAAAGAAAGCGCGUUUAUUUCAGGGCUGCUUCCUCAAGGGAACUUCCAUAUCCUGUUUGUCGUAGAGACCACGCCACUUCGUUCACUUCUGCCUAGGUUGCCCAUUGGCGACAAUGCAUCGACCACACGUUGCGGCUCCCCGCUACGCAGUCGCGGUGUUCGUUUCUGUCCCACCUUUCGCUAGCCUUUCUGCCUGCACUGGUGCUUUCUUUUAGACAUUAGGCUUAACCUGUUGAAGUUAGACCAUCUUCCAUAUAUAGCGGCGUUUUUCGGCGAUGCGUGUUGGAGGGGGACUGGGUUCGUAGUAGGGCAAGUUGCGGUCCUGGCGGGUCUUGUGGUGGUGGGUAGGUCUCCGAGAGGGGCGCGACGCACCGCUUUGCGAUUUUAUCGUCGGCAAAUGACGACGGAACAAAAACAAAAACAACAACGCUCUUCCGUCUCCGGCUACCCCUCCCUACCCCCCACCCUUAUUCUGCGGAUUCGCAGGCAACUCCCCCUCCUGAUCAAGCUGGAAGGAACUUUAUAUAUAUUUAUAUACAUACUUCACCAAGAAACAUACAGGCAAAAUACCUACUGAGGGAGGCCCACGUGCUUCACGCCGUGAUCGGCGCCAUCGCGGUGGUCGCGAAGUGUUUUUUUGCGUCGGUAAACUUGUGACGUUACCUGAAGAGCGACGAGACGUUGAUGACGGGCAGAUGCGCUUCCACCUGCCAAGCAGCGUCUUGCUGCCUCGUGGCAGUGAUUAUUCCCCGCUUUUCGCAAAGAAAGCAACGUGAGGGUAAGCGUGCCCUGUUGCCUAGCUUUUCCUGGCGUUCGUUGGGUUGAGGUGUUCGGGGCUGCGGUCUCUCGCCCCCAGAUAAGUCCCUCUCCCCCAUCGCCCUUUCCACGUCACGUGGCUCUCUCACUCCUUUUUUUUUUAAAUACUCUGUGAACCCUGUGUUCGUCUUCUGGUGUGUAGUGGCGAGCGCGUCACAACAUUGUGCGAGCGCCAUAGAUAUAUCUAUUUCUUUCCCUUUGCCCAGGGGAGAGGGAGUUUGAUUUAAAUAUUAAAAAAAAAAGAAAGAUCGGUGGAGGUGGGCUGAGGCGUGCAAGAUGCAUCGGCACGAGAGAACCUUGAGGAGAUCCUCCUUUUUCUGCAACUAGCCAUCAAAGUGUUUUUUCUCGCAAGAAGAACAGAAGCGGCGGCAGCGUUGGACGAACCUAUGCAGACGACACUUCCAGAGGCAGUUCUGCCGUUUUUCACACAUCUUCUCUCUCUCUUGCUUCUUCACUUUCAUUGUUCGGGGGCUGUUUCAGCUUCCGAAAGCGCGUCACAUCGCCGAGGUACCGGGCGAAGACUGACCCGCUGACAUGCACUAGCUCUUUGUCGCGUUCAGAGCAAACACCGUCAAGAGAGAGAGGCGUAUAUUUUAGAGUUUCCAUUGAGGUUGCAUUGCAAAAAAACUUCACCUACCCUUCCACCCCUCCUGCACAGAUGUGACAGACUCCAUCCCCACCCGCUUUUCUGGAAUUUUAUGCACUGCCUUUUGCAAGAAAGCCCCAACUUUCAUAGCACUCUUGUAACCUGCAAAGAAGGAGAAAUUGGCAAAGGCUGCUCUCUCCUAUAUUUUUUUCCAUCUCGGUCACGUCUCACGAUCCUUUCCUCCUCUUUUUUCUUCUCUUUCUCCUUUUGUUUUUCCCCUGGUACAAAAGUUGUAACGAAGCGUUGCAACGACGCACACUAUUUUCCUUUGGAGGGGUUGUUCCCCUCAAAUCUAAGAGCAGUUCGCGAUGCAAAAAAAAAAAUAAAAUAAAGAGAAAGGCCAAGAAGCUAGGCCCACUGCAGCCUAUUUUCUCAGUGUUGUUGUUACCGUAGUUGUCCCUUGACCAUUGUCGUUGUUUGCACUUUAUUUCUAUAUUGUAGAGGCUUUUGAAUGGCUGUUGCAUCUUUGUUUUUGUUUUGUUUUUGUUUUUUUUUUUUUGCUGUCCCUGCAAUUUUUGGGGGGUCAGCGCAUGAAAUUGCGCCCCUUUCUUCAUAAGUGGCAUCCUUUCUUCCUUGCGCUUGCCCCUCUCUCUUUUCGUCAUGUUCAUAGAUAUUCCCUGACCUCUCGUUUGUGGAUUUACCGUAUCGUCUUUGUUGGUUUUGAGUUUGUUCUGGUGCGUACAAAAACAGGGGUGGCGAAAGUGGUUCUGUUGCCGGCAAGUUAGCACGGCAGUGACGCUGGUUCCUUUAUUUUCGUGUUUAUAUGUUUUUGCUUGUUUGUGCGCGUGUCGUUUUCGUGUCGUUUUUUGCCGCUGUGAUGAGUUUACCAUGUGUGAGUGUAUGUUGUAUGCAUGCGCAGAGGCUCUGGUCACUACUCGGCUGUUGUUUGUAAUGGAGCCCCAUGCGCGUGUGUGUGUUUGUGCAUGUAGAAGGUAGUAGCCAGCCCGACUGGGGAAAGGUGCACGAUGUAAGACACAGGAUACCUCGCAUUGUGUCUGUUGUUCUGGGUUUUCACACCCAGCCUUAACCCUAACAUUAGCGUCUUAUUAUUAUUUUUUAAUCUCUUCGUAUCACUGAAUUUUCCAGUGUGCGUAGCGUAGACCAAAAUCAAAUCUCUUCAUCCGUUUUUCUUCCCUGCUUGCUUUUUGCGAGUUUUUAUUAGCAUAUAAUGCUAUAAUGCUAAGCGCUUCCUUACAUAAUCAUGGUCAGUCAUAUGAAGUGGCAGCGCGUUUUUGAAGCAUUUUACGUGCCCCCACUCGUUACUUUGUCAUGUCCUAGUGACGAUUGAAGCCUGGUGAAUUUAUUGCAGCAUGUUUUAUCGUGUUCACAUACAUGUCCAGUGUAUUCCUUGUUGUCGAAGUACGACAAAGCAGCUUUGGUAUUGCAUGCAUUUUUUUCCUUUUUUUUUAAGUUCCAUUUUGUUUGGGCUGUCAUUCGCAUUUUGACCCCAGCAAUGCUCCUCGCUUCCCGUGUCUUCAUUGUUUUGUUUUUUUGCUAUGUGUUUAUUUUAUGCAUAGACAUUGCACGCAUUGAACCUGUAGCUAUGCUGCUUUGGUUACCAUGCUGUACAUAAUCCAUUUGCGCGCCUUCGCUGCGGUGUGCCGUUUGAUGUGGACGGACGACUGACGGGGUCGAUUUGCAUCAUCAAGACGCCCCAUGUAACCUACAUUUCCUGCCUCAUCGCCGACGCGGCCCAAGUAUUCGUGUCCGGAAAAAGGCAGCCCGCAGCAGUGUAGUAGCUGGCAUAGCUCGUUUCACAAUAACGGUUAGCACUGUAUAUCUAUCUUUCUCUCGGCUCUUGUCUAGUAGCAGCACGCUUGUGGCUUUUGGCAGGUGAAUCCCCUUCGUUCCCAGCGAAACCCCCUCCCGUUUCUCCUCGUGGUGUACAUUUACGCUCUUUGCUUUGCGCGUGCAGUAUGUACUACUCUCCCCACCCGACUACCGUACUAACUGUUCAACGCUUGGUCCAAUCAGGGUUUUUUUAGUAGUGCCAUACAUGUGUAAGGUCGCACGCUACCAAGUAUCGAGUUGCAAGCAAGGUUAUCCGUAAGCGCAGACGCAUGUUGGUUGGUGUUUUCACUCGGUCGCUAACGUAUAUACUGUGCUGUUGUUCCUUUUUGUGGCUCUCUAGAUUAACCUUAUUCUUUCCCGGUGCUCUCGUUUUAACACGCGGCGUCGGAGCGCCGCGGCGGGCAUCGUAUCUAUGAAACGAGUAUGCAUACUGCUUCAGUAAGGAAAUAUUCUUUCAGAGGUGUGUUUAUCGUUUUCUUCGUAUCUUUCCGACCUUUUCUCGCCGCCGCUAGUCGUGUUUAUGCCUCCCCUUCCUCUUAUAUGUGCAACGUAUACUCAUUUGUAUCCAUUCAGUGUAUAUAAUUAUCAGUCAAUGUUACGUUUCAAGGAAAUAAACAGUCCAGUACUCCCAA